AUGUCGCGCCAGCCCUCCCCCGGCCCCUCCAUUCCCCACAUGCAUCAGCCAAAUCCCCUCUCCAUGUACCAUCCCCCCGGCGUCGCAAAUGAUCCUCGCUUCAUUCAGAAGCACAGAAACAAGACCGUCGCCGGCAUUACAGCGGGUGUCGAGGACGUCAAGUACCAAGCGAAGUACAAGGACCUCAAAAAGAAAGUCAAAGAGAUAGAGAUGGAUAAUGACAGAUUGCUUUUCAAACUAUUGGCUGCCAAGAAGAACAUUCGUCGCAUGAACCUCGAGCGAGCGAUCCUCUACGAACGUCUGGCGGCGGUGCCACCUACCCCCGGAAGGCAUGUGCAGGACUUGCCUCCGGAGCAAGACCCCAUUUUCAAUCACCAGCCCCCGUUGCCUCCUGAACAUGUUCGAGUGAUAGAUACAAGCGAUCCCGCGCUGUCCGAGUACCUGAGCGGCCGCUCACAGGCUCGCGUCGUCCACGGUCCAGAUGGCCGAGUCGUCGCCGUGGAAGACAUUCCACCGAACGCACCUGGCGGUGCACCCUCGCAACCCCCUCCUCAUGGACUGCCCCUGGUGUACGGUUUUCGCCAUGACUCAGGCCCGGGCUACGACCCGAACCGCCAACUACCACCCCUGCCGCCCAUGAUUCCCCUUCUCCAGCCCUUGGGGGAGCACACUCAAGACUUUGCUCCCAUCAACGAUCACCACGGGGCUCCGUAUCCUCAGGUGCAGCCACACGGACACGGACACGCCUACGUGCAGUCGCACGGCGGGUCCACACACCACUCGCGGUCAAAUUCAACUCGCCCAGAUCUCGAUGCGUUGCCGGGAUCUAGCACGCGCAUCGACAGCCUCCCAUCUACGCACGCGGGGCACAGUCGCAGCCCCGGGGUCCCCGGCGAACCCCACGCAGAACGGUCCAGGCGCCACGACGCCGCAGAACCCGCGCACUUGCAUGGCCACCCGCACCCGCACCCGCACGUCCAGAUACCUACGCAGAACCUCCCGUCCUCGCCGCCCGCGUACUCCCCCGCGAGCACCCGCAGCUCCGAGCGCAGCGGCGGCCGCGUGCACAACCACCAGCGCGUCGGCCCGGGCGCGAACAUCAACCGCGACGUCGUCGCGCGCGAGUGGGAGGCCGAGCAGGCGUGGAACCGCGAGCGCGAGCACGCGCACGCGCACCGCGUGCGCCACGAGAUGCGCGCGGAGCGUGAGGGCGCGUGGGCGCACGACGAGCGGGAGCAGGCCGGCCCCGGCGUGUCCCACAGCGCCUCGCGCUCCGCGUCGCCCCCAUCUGCCCCCGGGAAUGGGGGGAGCAGGGUGCCCUCGCGCCCUGCGUCGCGCCAGGCGUACGACGCCGAGCGCGUGCGUCCGCGCCCGUCGCGCGCCCCAGGCCCCAUCGGCGCCGAGCGCGAGUCCGCGUUCGACGAGCCCGACGACCGCGUCCCUGCUGUGCGCGGCCCUAGUGCGGAGAUGCCCGCGGCUGGCCUGGGUCCCGUGGGUGGGGCUGACGAAAUGGACGCGGACGAGUACCCCAAUGAGGGCGGAGGCAUUGCCCGCGCCCCAUCGAGCCAGAACAGCGCGCUGCCGAGAGGCACGAAGCGCAGGCGCUCGGAGGACGGCGACGAGGACCCCGAUGCAGACGAGCGUAUGGAAGAGGAUGACUAGCUUCGAGCGGACACAGCUUCACGGUGGUACAGUGCGCGGGAAAUGGGUGUCCGUAUGUCCUAUUGUCUUUUCCAUUCUGAAGGCGGCUUCUCGUAUCAGAGCGUACGCCAUUGUGUGUCGGAGAUCCCUGUCGCGCGUUAUGUUGCUUCUUGAUAUCUCGUGCUAUUGCAGUUGUGUGGAUCCGCCCA